AUGAUGGGGGAGGGCUUCACGAAAGAAUCUACCCGCCAGCACUACAAGAAGUUGCGCAAAGAGUCUGAGGCUCAAUUCGGCAACCCAACCGCUUCCUCUACCGCUUCAGCUUCGGUCGGCACUCCUCGCAAGCCAGGCAAGUUGGCCCAGAACGAGACGCCAGGCAAGUCGGGCGGGAAGCGUAAGAAGAAUGAUGCCAACGGCGAGGACGAUGAGGAGGUUGAGGGGGAGUCUCCGACCAAGAAGCAAGUUGUGAAGCAGACGGUGAAGAAGGAGGAGGAUACGGAGGAUAGCGUGUAG